CUAAUGUUGAUCACUACUUAUGUUUGAUGGUGCAGAAAUGGUGGAAAGUAUGAAGAAAGUUGCUAAACUUGAUCUUGAGCUGACUGUGGAGGAAAGGAACCUCCUCUCUGUGGGUUACAAGAAUGUCAUUGGAGCACGUCGAGCUUCCUGGCGCAUUAUGUCCUCAAUUGAGCAGAAGGAAGAGUCUAAAGGAAAUGAGCAUAACGUGAAACUGAUCAAAGUUUAUCGGCAGACAGUAGAGGAAGAGCUUUCCAAGAUCUGCAAUGAUAUCUUGACCAUCAUCGAUGAGCAUCUGAUCCCUUCUUCAGGCUCUGGAGAGUCAACUGUGUUCUACUACAAGAUGAAGGGAGACUAUUACCGUUAUCUUGCGGAGUUUAAGACUGAGGAGGACAGAAAAGAUGUUGCAGAUCAAUCAUUGAAGGGCUACGAGGCUGCUUUCGCCACGGCAAAUACAGAUCUCCCCCCAACUCAUCCAAUCCGCUUAGGUCUUGUCCUGAACUUCUCUGUUUUCUACUAUGAGAUUCUGAAUUCCCCUGAAAGGGCCUGCCAUUUGGCGAAACAGGCAUUUGACGAGGCUAUUGCAGAAUUGGACACCUUGAGCGAGGAGUCAUACAAAGAUAGCACCUUGAUCAUGCAGCUGUUGAGGGAUAACCUUACUCUCUGGACAUCUGACUUGCCGGAAGAUGGAGGUGAGGAUGGAAUUAAGGGUGAGGACACAAAAGCUGUGGAACCUGAGGUAAGCUGCAUUUGA